AGGGGGACGAGGAAAGAAGAGAGCAAAGAAAAAGGGGCAAAGAAGGGGGUAAAGGGGUAAAUGAGGGGCCAUGGAAGGAAGGGGUGGAGAAAAUAGAGAAAACAGCAAAGAAGGGGCGGGGGGGGGGGGGCAGUGAAAGGGGGGGCAGAGGAAGGGGGAGCAGAGGAAUAGGGGGGGCAGCGCCAGGCAGGGACCGCCCCGCCCCGUACUCGGUCUCGGGGAAACGAAACCUCCGCAGGAGGCCGCCGGCCCCGGUGCGACUCGGCGCCUUCCCCAGAGCCGCCCGCGGGAUGGAGCGAUCGCGGCCACCCUACGAGCAGCUCUCGGUGGCGCUGGACAUGCAGGGGCUGCCGCCGGGCGCCAUGGUACCGUUGGACUCCCGCCCGGAGCCCCCGCCCCGCGACCACCUCGCCUGGUCCCUCUGCACCACGCUGUACGCCAACUUCUGCUGCCUCGGCUUCAUGGCGCUCGUCUACUCCGUGAAGUCCAGGGACCGCAAAGUGCUCGGUGACUACAGCGGAGCGCGGAGCUAUGGCUCCACCGCCAAGCAGCUCAACAUCACCGCCCUGGUGCUCACCAUUGCCCUCCUCGCCCUCUCCAUCUUAAUCGUCGUCCUCGUCGCCACCGGCACCAUCGCUGCCAUGAAAGGCUUCAGAUAUGAGCAGGAGCAUUACCCCUUCUAUGGCCCCAAUUAGCCGCCCCCCCGGAGCACACCUCCCCGGAGCACUCCAGAGCCUGCUGGGGUCCUGUCCUGCUUCCGUCGCUGCUCACAGCCCCUGCAGAGCCUUCCUUUGCCUUCCUGGAAGUACAUGGAUGCACUUUGGGAACUGAGCUCCCAAAAGCUGCCCAUAGCAAAGGAGCAGAGUGUGUUUUCCUGCUUGCUGCUUUGCUCUGAUUUACAGCCCCGAGUGCCCCUGAGGAGAAGUGCCUCCUUCCAAAAACCCAGUUCAAAUAAAGGUUUCUUUCACUUUUG